AUGGUGGGCGCAACAGCCAUCACAAGCCCCAGCACCUCCCUCCGCCUGGCACAGCCGCGCAGUGGAGUCAACAGUGUCAUAGUGAAUUCCCCCUUCUACCAGGUGUCCUGCUGUGGCCCUGCUCCGUGUACCAGCUGCUGCCACUCUAGGUGGCCCUCUCUCACAGAGUCCACGUGUAGCCGCCUGUUGUACAUCCUCCUGCAUGUGGGAACCUCAGCAGUCUGCUGCCUCCUGCUGUCAAGGACAGUGGUGGAAAAAGUCUGGGGCAAGGGCCAUGGGAUCCAGAUGCCCUCGGGGCUGUGCACGUUUGGCCACUCGGAUUGCCCAGUGCUCAGUGGCUCUGGGGCUGUGUACCGAGGAUGUACAGGAACCGCCACCUUCCACCUGCUGCAGGCUGUGCUGCUGGUCCACCUCCACUCCCCCACCAGCCCAAGGGCAAAACUGCAUAAUAGCUUCUGGCUCCUCAAGCUGCUAUUCUUGCUAGGUCUCUGUGCUGUGGCCUUCUGCAUCCCUGAUGAGCAUCUCUUCCCAGCCUGGCAUUACAUUGGCAUUUGUGGAGGCUUUGCUUUCAUCCUGCUACAGCUGGUGCUCAUCACAGCCUUUGCCCAUUCCUGGAACAAGAGCUGGGAGACAGGUGCAGCCCAGGACUGCGGCUGGUUCCUGGCAGUGCUGCUGGCCACCGUGCUCUUCUACAGCACGGCAGGCGUGGGAGCUGCGCUCCUGUUCCUCUACUACACGCCGGCUGGCUGCCUGCUCAACGAGAUGCUGCUCAGCCUGCACCUUUGCCUCUGUGGUCUCCUCUCCUUCCUCUCUGUGGCUCCCUGCAUGCGCCUCAAGCAUACCCGCUCUGGCCUUCUACAAGCCUCGAUCAUCAGCUGCUAUAUCAUGUAUCUUACUUUCUCUGCGCACUCCAGCCGUCCUCCAGACAGAGUAAUCCUUCAAGAACAGAAUCUCACCCGGUGCCUGCCUAGCCUGAGUGACAUGGGACCCCAGACACCCCUGGCAGUGCUGAGUGCUGGCAUCAUGUAUGCUUGUAUGCUUUUUGCCUGAAAUGAGGCUUCCUACCUGGCUGAGGUAUUUGGGAACUUGUGGAUCGUCAAGGUUUAUAGCUAUGAGUUUCAGAAGCCGUCUCUCUGUUUCUGCUGCCCCAAAAAAGUAGAGCCAGAAGAAGGGCCAAGGGGUAGGGCUGCCAGGCCAGCUGAUCAAGAGACCCCUCCAGCGCCCCCAGGGCAAGCCCAGCAUCCUUCCUACAGCUGUUCUGCCUUCCACUUGGUCUUCUUCCUUGCGUCACUCUAUGUCAUGGUCACCCUCACCAACUGGUUCAGCUACGAGGGAGCAGAACUGGAAAAGACUUUCACCAAGGGUAGCUGGGUGACCUUCUGGGUCAAGGUUGCCUCAUGCUGGGCCUGUGUGCUCCUCUGUCUGGGGCUGCUACUGGCCUCCAGUCUGGGACCUUCUAAUAAGCUGGGACUCCCUUGA